AUGGUAUAUUUAAAGCAAAUUGAAGAUGAUACAGAUGAUUUACGAGAAUGGAUAAAUUUAUCUGAUGAAGAUUUAACACCCGUAACAGAAGAUAAUAUGGAUGAACUCCUUUUAUAUGAUGUUCAAUAA